UCGUGAGCCACCGCACCUGGCCUGCCUCCACAAUUCUUACCACUUAUUAUUUGACAAAUUUCACCCACCAGAAACAAAUUAGUGCUUUGCAAACAUUAAUUAUAGUGAAUAUUUACUUUGGACUUAACCAUGUGCAGUCUUUGCUAAGGGCUUUAUGUGCAUUAUCUUUAAUUCUUAUGAGAUUGAUGAUUUACCCAUUUUACAGAUGAGAUGAAAAAACAAAGUUCUCCCAUGUAAUAAGUAGUAGGGUUUGGACUCACUCUGCCUGACACCAAGGUCUAUCCUUUCUAGCCACUAGAUUAUGUAGCCUCUUGUAAAAAAUGUUGAGUGGAUGAACUCACUUAUGUCAGUGAACUUUGUCAGGAUGUGUACAUACUGCUUUCCCAAUUUUAACAUAAACUUCAGAGGGCAGUCCAUCAUGCUUCAGCACCUGGAUCAUUGUUCCAAAGUGCUUUUCAGGCUUUUUUUCAAUGAUUUUUUUACCCAGCUAGUUUUCCCCACACUGACUUCUUCAAGGCCAGGGGCUGUGUCUUACUCAUGUUUUAUGCCCUCGGGGAUUAGCCAGUACCUGACAAACAUCUGAGACUUAAAACAGUUUGCUAAGUGAAUGAAUGAAUGACCUAAUCAUGCUACCUCUCUUCAGUACUGCACAACACAGCACAUAUCCAGCUCAGAUUUAGGUUGAAAGACCACAGGCUUCUACCUGGAGGGCUCAGCUCUCCUAGUAACUCCUGAGAGACCCUGAACAUGCCAGGAUGGGUAUACUGUGGAGUGGUUGCAUCCAAAAGAGGGGGAGGAAAUCCCAAACACUAAUCCAGGUUUGAGUCGGAAAACAAGGUUGAAGUUAUUCAUUAGCAGGUGAAAGGGUCAAGGGUCGAGGCAAGGGAGCUGGAAGCAGAGUGGACUGAGCAGCUGGUAGGGGAGACAGUAGUUAAGGCACCAGUCACCCCACAUAGAGCACUAGCUCCCUCCUGCCUGAAGAUGUUUGACCGGAUUUGGGCAGCUCUGCUCUACCUGUAUGGUAUUCUCCUUAAUUCUAUCUACCAGUGCCCUGAGCACACGCAACUGACAACUCUAGGAGUGGAUGGGAAGGAGUUCCCAGAGCCCCACCUGGGCCAGUGGUACUUUAUCGCAGGGGCAGCUCCCACCAAGGAGGAGUUGGCGACUUUUGACCCUGUGGACAACAUUGUCUUCAACAUGGCUGCUGGCUCUGCCCCGAUGCAGCUCCAGCUUCACGCUACCAUCCGCAUGAAAAAUGGGCACUGUGUGCCCCGGAAAUGGAUCUACCACAUGACUGAAGGAAGCACAAAUCUCAGAACUGAAGGCCGCCCUGACAUGAAGACUGAGCUCUACACCAGCUCAUGCCCUGGUGGAAUCAUGCUGAAAGAGAUGGGCCAGGGUUACCAGCGCUUUCUCCUCUACAAUCGCUCACCACACCCUCCGGAGAAGUGUGUGGAGGAAUUCCAGUCCUUGACUUCCUGCUUAGACUCCAAAGCCUUUCUACUGACUCCCAGGAAUCAAGAGGCCUGUGAGCUGUCCAGUAUCUGAUCUGUAACUUCACCUACAUCCCCAGAUGGUAUGGUGGGAGCUGAAUUGUUGGGGGGAGGAGAAGCUGGAGACUCCUGACUCCUCUUCAAGAAUAAUAAAGAUGAUUUUUCAAUCUUCA